AAGCAGGGGCUAGUAUAUGAUUUGGAUUGUGGGAUACAUCAACGCAUAGUUGGAGCUCUAGACAUACGUAGUCAUAGAGAGGAUAAAAGUAAAAACAAUAAUUGCUAAUAGCAUCAAGUGCAGUCGAUAGAGCGAGCUCUUGGAAAACCAUGGGCUACCUUCUAUUGCUCCUUGCCUGCAUCGUCGUCUCCGUGACGAGCAGUCGUGUUUGUGAUUCUUCAUCCUUUUACGAUUACUCGUCCUUGGAAGACUAUACGAACUAUGGAUACCGACCACCAAAGUUACCAAGGCCGACAAAAGGACCCCCGCCGUUGAAUGAGAAUCGACGUACUGUGAUUCCGAUGUUGAUGAGUACCGCGUCACCACCCCGUGCCAGUCAAGGUUCUUACCAAAAUUUUCCUUCCCGUCCUACACCACCGCGUAUUAAUACGCAGUCACCCACAGUCCCUUCUCAAGGAUUUGUGGUAUCGAGAUUUGGAAAUGAUUUGAACAGCGUACAGCAGAGACAAAUGAGAGAACUCUACUGUUUGGAAGUACUGGACAACUUGUUGUCGGUACGAUGGCAGGAAGAAAUAGACAGAAUUUCGGUUAGCGAUUUAGGAAAAUUUUCAACUCUGUACAAAGUACCGGAAUUCAGCAACUUGUACAGUAAUCCCGAAUCGGAAUGGAUUCAACAAGAAGGAAUGCCUUUGAACAAACUGGAUAAAUGCGUUAGAAAUUUGGUCAGCAAAAUUGCUCCGAGAAUGGACCAGGAGGAAAUUCACUGUCUUAAUAGGAUGUACCCAGAAUAUUUAAUCAGAGAAAAUAGAACGGCAAGAUUAUACGAUAAAUAUAUCAGAGACACUUCAAUGGAACAACUUCCCUUCAAAUCAUUUUAUACUUACUAUGAGCUUACGGAGCUACUGUUUGACAACAAGAAUAUCGACGCUCUGGACGACGAGGUCAGAGCGAUUCACGAAGACAUGUUGGACUUUUACAUCAAAACAGAGGAGGAUAAAUCAAAGAAGAUUUUCAUAGUGGAACAAGAAUGCGAGUGGAAAAACGCUAGGGCAAUCAGGGAAGUAAAUAAUGAGGAUGCUCGUUUCCAAAAGUUUGGCGAACAAGUUAAAUAUCACGUGAACAAGUACCUGUUUGCGGAAAUUCUCCAGAGAUGGGCGCCCGGAGGGAUUAUUCCAGAUUAUAGAUACGUUCUCUGGAAUAAAGCAAGGCAAGCUAUGGAAACUGAAAUUCAAGAGAAAAUAAAUGAACUUCGAAAAGAGAAAAAGGACGCACAAUUUCUUUGCACAUACGCAGCGAAGCUCGCAACCAAGUUUUUCGAAGAGCAGAAAAAAAUCAUCUUCGACAAAAUGAGAAAUGAAACCUUAUCUGCCAAUCUGCAAACACGAAAGAAGUACGCCCAUAUUGUAGGACUUGAAGGAGCACUCACUGGAAAGUACGAUGACCGCAUUUUACGUGUGAGGUCAUUACUCCAGGAGUUCAAGGAAGGCUAUUACUGCCUUGCGAAUUUCGUAAAAAUGAUUGAGAACCAUCAAUGCUACGCUGUAGCCGCCGCUUUUGUUGAUGAAACGCCACCCCAUGGAUAUACCUACUGUAACAUAAAAGAAAUGUCGGCAGAGUUGGUUCAACCGCGAUAUUGUAGGUGUCAAGGUACUUUCUGCGAGGAAUUUGGUCUCGCAACAGUGCGGGCUGAACGAUUCCAGCUGAAUUUACGUCCGAAUAAUACGUAUUCGGUUUCCACAAAUUCCUCUUAUCGUAUAAAACCUCUGGACGAACUGAUCGCAGCUGCUAAUCAACGUAUAGCAGGACAGAAAUUCAAUACUUGGUGGUAUCGCCAUCAGAAAAUGCCCGUCAAAGUAUAAUGAUCGGUUUCGAAACGUGGAAGCUUUCCAUCGCAACUGUACUGAUAUUAUAAUUGAAAAUUCAUCGAUGUUUAUUGAAUAAACACAAGUAUCCUAA